CACGUAACAGCCAGAUGGGAAGGUGUACCGUUAAAUUCCCAAUCAGCCUUAAUCGACGCUGAUGAUGGUGCUACUGUCAUUACUGAUACGAUCAAAGAUGACCAAGAACGGCAAGAACCGAAAAGUUGUCCACAACAAACUGUUAAGAUGUAUGAUGUGAAUGAUGCCAAAAGGCCAGAGUCAAUACCCGACGUGCAAGUCCCUAGGCAAUUUCCAUAUAUAGCCCCAACGAAAGAUCGACAUGAUUUUGCCUUGUACACACCUUGCACUGGACGAGGAAGAGGAAGUUUUUUACAUAACGAGGAUUAAAA